UCAGAAAGUAUUGUUGUUUGUACUGUUGUUCCUUCCUUGUCAUUCUAUGAACGGCAGUGAUAACACAACGCUGUUCAGGAACACAAUCCACUCGUGUCCAUCACAACCGUCCAUUAGUAUCACUCACACCACCGAAGCCACAUACACCAGGUGCCUCAUCAAUCCUCCUUCUUCUUCUUCUUCUUUUCUCACCUUAUUUCUUCUUUCGUGUCUAAACCCUUUCUCUUUUAUUCUUCUUCACCAGAUCGUACCACGCCAACGAUAAUGGUCCAAUCCACUCGCAACUAAGGUCUUCCAUCUUCUCUUUUUUUCUUUUUCUUUUUUUUUUUUAUCUCUUUUUUCAUAAAUUCGCUAUCGCGAAACCCUAAUCGCUGAACUUCAAUUUCAACCACAAUUCACCUAGUGCUCUUCAAGAAUUAUCUUUAGUUCAAGCUCAAUUCUAGUAAUUCACCCUAGAUUUUAUGGUCAACCUUCUUCACUGGAUCUGGGAUUGUUCAUGUUUUAUUUUAACCUAGGAUUUUUAUUUUCCCCAAGUUUUUUCGAUUCUCUUUUCAGAAUCUUCAAUUGUAACACGGUUUUAUUGCGUAAAUCUCCCCCUUCAAACUUGGGUUUCUUCGAUUUGUGUUAAAGUUUUUUAUUUUUACAUUUCAAUCUUUGUUUUUUUUUUUUCUGUGUAAUUUUAGUUCUUUGAAAUUCGUAAUAAAAGCAAGCUUCGAGUUCUGUGAUGGCAGAAGAAAAUUCUGAUGCAAUGAACCUUGAUUUGAAUCUGGGUCCAGACCCGGAACCGCCAAUUGGGUCGAUGAAUAAUGAAGCUUUGAACUUGGACGAUUGGAUUGAAGAACCUCUUCUGCGAAUUAGCGAAGCUGCUGCGAGGCUUAGGGGGAGACAGAGAUGGAGAUGGAGGCAACUUCCAAUCUCUCCCCCUUUUCCUCAAGUUCACCGCAUUCUACCUCAACCCCCAUAUCCUCAGGCUGGGGAAGGAAGUGUGGCAGCUGUGGAGAGAAUGGAGGAAGAGGAGGUGCUGCCGAAAGCAUGUGAGAAUAACAAUGGUGUCAUGGAGGAUGAAACAUCACAGAAGAAGGAUGAUGUUGAAAAGGGUAGUGGAAGUGAUGGGGACUUUUUUGAUUGUAAUAUCUGUUUGGACCUUGCCAAGGAGCCUGUUUUGACUUGUUGUGGUCAUCUGUUUUGUUGGCAGUGCCUAUAUCGAUGGCUGCAUCUUCAUUCAGAUGCUAAGGAGUGUCCAGUUUGCAAGGGAGAGGUGACGAUUAAGAGUGUUACUCCUAUAUACGGCCGUGGAAACAAUGUCCGUGUUCUUGAGGAGGAUUCCUCUCUUAAAAUCCCUCCUAGGCCACAAGCAAAGCGCGUUGAGAGUCUGAGACAAACGAUUCAGAGAAAUGCAUUUGCACUCCCUGUGGAAGAGAUGAUUCGGCGUCUUGGAAGCAGAAUUGAUCUCACUAGGGAUUUAGUUCAGCCAAAUGAAUCUGAAAAUGCUCGUGGAACAGCAGAGAGAACUACUUCCUUGCUAAGUAGGUUUUUGACAUCUCGAGGCAUGCGGAGAGAGCAGAAUCCUGUGGCAUCCCCGGAUGAUGUUGCGGGUUCAAAUCAGAACAAUGUUAAUGGUGCUGAGUUGGGAGAGGAUAACCGCAGGGUGCAAUCCCUUUUGCUUCGAAGAUCGCAAUCACAUAGAGCAACACUUUCUACUCUUUCAUCAGCACUGACUUCUGCUGAAAGGUUGGUUGAGGCAUAUUUCCGUAGCAAUCCAUUAGGCAGAAACCAAGAACAACCACCUCCUUCAGUCGACGACAGAGAUUCCUUUUCAAGCAUUGCUGCUGUCAUAAAUUCAGAGAGUCAAGUGGACACGGCUGUAGAAAUUGAUUCCAUGGUAACCUCUUCUAGGAGGAGAAGCGAUGCUUCAAGAUUGUCUGAUGUCGACAGUGGAGAUUCUCGUGCUCCAAGGCGCAGACGUCUGAACUGAUAAAAGUAUUGUAGAUCAAGUUUAAUAGUACUAUUCUAUCAUAUCAUGUAACACAUCACAAUAAUUUUCCAACCUCUAUGUAAGUGCUCCUUGCUUUGUUAUGGCCUUGUAAUUUGAACCAUUCACUUUUUUCAAGUUUUGGUAGAUUUAAGAUGAUUUCAGAGUAUGUUCACUUCAAGUAUAAGAAUGUUCUUAAAGGGUUCAGCUAUUUAGAGUCUUAUCAUUCAGAAACUAAAUAUUGCUGUAUAAUAACUAUGCUAAGUUAGUAACUUAUACUCAGUAUAUAGAAGUUACUACCUUCAAGUCUUAUUUGUCUGUUUAUUUUACUUGAUUUGAUGGUUA